AGCAGCAUCACCCGCGAUGCAUCACACCAACUGACACUCCAAUCUUUUGCUAUUUUCAAUUAACAAAUUGAACAGUAUGCAGUAACAAAAAAAGUGAUUAAAUUUAGUGUAAUGGAGUUCUGAGACUUCUCGACUUCUACUUAAAUUCGCUGUGAAUAAAAAAUUCCUGUGAAAUCCCUCCCCAACUGACCCAAACCCGACUAUAAUCCUCGAAGAUGCCUUGUGACGGCAAAAAUCCCAAUUGCGAACGUCGCCGAGAGCUGCUCUCGCAGUUAAAAUGUCUUAUCAGUUCAAUGGACAGAAAAAAACCCUGCGAGUGGGAUGAGAAACCUUGUGCUCCACCUCUUUGCGUUUCUCGAGUUCAACCGCAGUCUCCAGAUUGUGGGAUCCUCCUCAAGCCCUGCAAAAGCUACGAGCUUCGUAGCAGCAUAAUGUACCGCUGCGAGUGCAUAAAAAGGAAUGGUCUCCAGGACAGAUGCAUGAUGUGGAACUGCAUGGGUAGACCCGAAUGCAUGACGAAGCUCUACCCAGUUUGCGGACCGGGGAGGGCAGCUCUGUUAAAAUUAACCGAUCUAGGAGACAUUACCGAGGCUUUGCAAAGAUUCUACAACGCCGAUCAGGCUCGAGAAUCUGCCCUGGCUGCGUACUGUCGUCUCGCAUGUCCAGACAUCAAUGCUAUGAUUCCAAAUCCCUGCGUUGAACAGCAAUCGCCCUGUCAACAACAAUCACCCUGCGCCUAUCCCAGUUUCAUUCAAUGUUGAAAAAAAAUGCCAUUGAUUUUUCU